AGUCAACGAAACUCUUUUACUUCUUUUAACGUAAACUCUCAGGAAAAGACUGAACGUUCCAAGGACCAUUAAGUCGAGAUGCUUCCCACUAUGCGUUCGCUUGGCCGCACAGCUCGUGGGGUUCCACUUCACGGAGAGUCGACGUUACCCUCCCUUUUAGUCCUGGAUGACUAUCUUCGAAUCUCAUCACAUCAUUUUGGACACUUGCAGCCUCCAAAAUUACAAGUUGAAAUAUCUGAUACUUACAUUCCCCGACGAACUGCUGAAGAGCGGAGCGACUUGAUUGAGAAGCUCUACCCAUACGACAUUAUCUCUACCAUGCGUGAGCGAACCCCAUUCUCUGGGGAGCUGCUGCGCCAACUACCCAACUUGAAGUUACUAUUAUGUACCGGUACUCAGUUCGAAACGUAUGAUCUAGAGACGGCUAAGAAGCUGGGAAUCACUGUCGCUACAGCGUUAGGUCGUGGCCGGAGUGACGCAGUCCAAACAACACAGCAUAAGCAGGACAUCCGUAAAGGAGGAAGUCAUCCUGCAACGCACCAUACAUGGGCUAUGAUCCUUGCUCUGGCUAGAAACAUUGCGGCAGACGAUGCUUCCAUCAAAGCUGGCGGAUGGCAAUCAGACAUGGCUAUUGGUCUGUCAGGAAAGACUUUGGGAGUCGUCGGUCUGGGAAGGUUGGGAGCAGCAGUGGCGAGAAUCGGGUCUCUGGCCUUUGGUAUGAAGAUCAAGUGCUGGAGCAGCAGCUUAGACCAAGCCAAGGCUGAUGAGGUGACUGUUAAGCUUGGCCUGCCUCUUGAAGAUGAAGACGGUGAUAAGACCUUUGAAGCAGUAAGCAAGGAAGAACUCUUCGCAACUGCUGAUGUAGUCACUCUGCACUAUGUUUUGAGUGACCGGUCCCGUGGCCUUGUUGGCGCGAAGGAACUCAAGGCGAUGAAGCAGUCAGCGUUGUUGAUCAAUACAUCCCGUAGCGCACUCAUCGAUGAGACGGCACUACUGGAAGCAGCUACUGAGGGUUCUAUCCGCGGCGUUGCACUCGAUGUCUUUGAGUCCGAGCCUCUACUUGCAGAUAGCCCAUGGCGGUCUCAGGACUGGGGAAGAGGAAACAAGAGUCGGGUUCUGGUAACGCCGCAUAUGGGUUACGUUGAGGAAGGCAUCAUGAAUGGGUGGUAUGCUGAACAGGCAGAAAAUGUCGAGAGAUGGUUAGACGGAAAGGAUGUUCUUCAUCAAUUGGUUUGAGGCAGCACUUAUUGUCUCUUCAGCACAUAAACAGCUUGCAUAGCCAAACG